GGGUCUCAACGAUUUCGCAUGCUGACCGUUAAAGAUGGCGGACGUCUUAACAUAAGAAGAAAUUUGAAAAGUUUUUGCAACCGUUAGCAAGUUUGUUGAAGCAACAAGGACGCAAUUUUUCAACGACGACAGACAGUUAAAUCUUCUUCACAAUGAUAUCUUCUUAAGAAAUUUACAAUACUACUUUAUUUUCCAUUCCACGAACCUGUUAUGGUUCUUAUGGCAAAAAACAUUUUGUCGCAGGCUGAAUCCUGCAUUCAGAUUAAACGUUUCGGACAACACAACGAAUAAUAACAACGAUAAGGAGAUUGCAACUGUGGCAGAUACUGGAAGCAAAAUUUCCUUCUUCAGAGCUGAUCCAAACUAUGGGCCACGAAGCUAUGAUACUACGAAGAAUGUUUUACCGUUAUCCCAGACUAGGAUAGAACAAAAUCCCGAACCUCCUAAAGCAGAAAUCCACAUUUGUUCCUGCAGAAAGGUUACAAAGAGCGCCGGUGGUUUAAAACAACACAAAAAUAAAUGCAUUUCUGCUGGAAAAGAAGUACCGUUAAAUAAAACAUAAGCGGACAAGCUAAAAAUGACCGUUACAAAUGAAGCUAUUGCAAAGCACCCCAGGCCAAGACCAAAGAAUGAGAAUUUAUUACUUAAAGGACCAGUAAAAUAUGUGCACGAAAUCGUUUUUGAUGAAAUAACACUCGAAUUGGUAAAGAAAUGUGCAGCUGGAACGAAAGGGGCUUGCGGAACCUCCGGAGUUGAUGCGGAUGAAUGAAGGCGAAUUCUUGGUUCAAAUAUCUAUGGUGAUACUGGCAGUGACCUGAGAAGAGCAGUUGCACAAAUGUUAAAGCAAUUAUGUAUGAUCGAAAUGGAGAAGGUAAAUCAAUGUGCGACUAUAGAAGCUCUAAUGUCCUGUAGGUUAAUACCAUUAGAUAAAUGUCCAGGACUGAGACCUAUUGGAAUUGGUGAAGUCUUAAGGAGAAUAAUGGGGAAAUGUGUUAUGGCUGUCCUAAAGAAGGAUGUCCUAAAGAAGCAGCUGGUAAAUUGCAGUUGUGUGCAGAUCAAAAAUCUGGCUGUGAAAUUGCUGUUCAUGCUAUGAAUGACAUCUUCAACAAUGACGAUUGUGAAGGAGUCUUACAGAUUGAUGCCAAGAAUGCUUUUAACUCACUCAAUAGAUCUGUGAUGAUUCAUAACAUUAAAAUCAUUUGUCCAACGAUUGCUACCUACGUCUCAUACUGCUACAGCAGACCUGCUAGAAUUUAUGUGCUUGGUGGAGCAGAAAUCUUAUCUAAAGAAGGGACAACGCAGGGCGACCCAAUUGCCAUGGCUGUAUACGCUCUUGGAAUCACACCAUUGAUGUCAACGAUAAACAGCUCAUUUCUCUACACAUCACAUUCUUCAGAUUCUUCAAAUACGACAAAGCAGGUGGCCUACCCUGACGAUCUAACUGGGGCUGGGAAGCUGAAAGAAUUACGUCAAUGGUGGGAUCUGCUGGUUCUACAUGAUCCAUCGAUUGGUUAUUAUGUUAAUGAGAACAAGACGUGGAUUAUUGUAAAGGAGAAGCACUUAGAAUCUGCGGGAAUUAUCUUCAAAGAUAUAGGAAUAAAAAUCAUCAAAGAAGGUAGUAAACAUCUCGGGGCAACCAUUGGUACGCAAAUAUUCAAAAACAAUUUUGUCAAGCAAAAAGUUGAAGAAUGGGUUGCAGGAAUUAAAGUUCUUUCAAGGAUUGCAAGAGUGGACCCACAAUCAGCGUUAUGUGCAUUCACACAUGGUAACUGUUUCUGAAAUUUAGUCCUUACUUCAGCCGCUAGAAGAUUGCAUCAGGACAAUUUUCCUUGCAGUACCGAUAAAAGGACACAUUUGCAAUGAUCCCAAACGAUUGUUGUUGUCUCUACCUCCG